AUGAUUCCGCUAUCAUCUUCAGCGUCACAGAGGAAAUCUAGCGUGGCAGCAAAAAUGACAAGUGGUAGCUCCUCCGGCAUGCCUUCACCGACCAGCCUCUUAACAAAAAUCAAGGGAGCUGUGCGUUCAGUUGUAUCCGACUCGAAUGCCCGCAACUUGAUGGGCUUCCUGGUUCUAAACUUUGUGUUUGCUUUCGUGGAACUCGCAUACGGAAUGUGGACAAACAGCUUGGGCUUGAUAUCUGACUCGUUUCACAUGUUCUUUGAUUGCACUGGCCUAAUAGCCGGGCUGGCUGCCCAAGUCGUUAGUCGGUGGCCAGCUGACGAUUCGUUCGCCUAUGGUUAUAAGCGCGCCGAAGUCCUAGCCGGAUUCGUCAACGCACUGUUCUUGUUGUUCAUAGCGUUUUUCAUACUGACGGAAGCCGUGGAACGGGCCAUCGAACCGCCUGAGGUGCAUCAUGACCGCCUGUUCGUUGUCAGCGUUCUGGGGCUACUCGUCAACCUGGUCGGUAUAUACGUGUUCCAACACGGUGGUAGCCACGGGCACAGCCACGGCGGCUCAGGUGGCGGUCACGGGCAUAGCCACGGUGGUGGUCACGGGCACAGUCAGGAAGGCGGUCACGGACACAGCCACGAUGGCGGAAACCACGCGCAUAAAGACGAUCCCUACAACCAGCACAACCAAGUGUCCAUAUCCAUGGGCGGCGGUGGCGGUCACCAGCAGAACAACGCGUCGGUACCACCAGCCGGGACUGGCCAGAGUAGCCACAAUCAGAACCAUCUGAUGAAAGGCGUUCUACUACAUAUCUUGGCUGACACGCUGGGCAGCGUGGGAGUGGUCAUCUCCGCGCUAUUGAUGCGAGCUUUCGGGUGGAUGCGUGCGGACCCCGUGUGCUCGAUAUUCAUAGCCGUGCUCGUGGCAGCCUCCGUGUGGGGCCUGCUUCGUGACUCGGCCCGCGUCCUCAUGAUGCGCACGCCCGUUGAACUGGAUGACGAGCGGCGCUUGUUGGACGCGUGCUACUCCCGACUUCACCGGUACCAUCCGGCCGUCAUGGGAAUCCAGGAGCCGCGGUUCUGGACGUUGUGCGCGGACGCCUACGCGGGCAGCAUUAAGAUCGAAGUGCGGUCCGGACUUGCCGGGAUCGUGGGUGCCGGUCCCGGCCCCAUCGAUUAUGCUGCGUCCUUGUCACAGAUGCAAAUCUCGGGCCAAUCGAGCCUUCAGCCCGCGGACGCCGCCCGGCUGUUGCACGACCGCGACCAAUUCGCCAACGGUCUGGUGCGAUACGCGCAACAGGUAUUCGGCGCUGUCGGUGUCCGAAACUUGUACGUGCAGAUUGACUACGCUGGUGACGAUACAGUCCACAAUCAUCCACAUCACCACGUCAACGACGUGCAGCGACAAAACAACUAUGCGGCAGUCGGCAGCCUGCUUGAUCAGCCGCAACAGCAAUUCCAAACGCACUAUCAACAGCAGCAGCAGCAACAGCAACAGCCACAGUACACCAAUCCUCUGUUAAUGAUGUAA